GGUGGGAUCUGGACCCAUAACGAGGUUAAACUAACGGGAUUUGUAACAUCAGUCGAUGAAGAACUCUGAGGUUUUGGCGGAUGUGGACAUUUAUGUUGAUUCAGUUUCCAAUAAGCAGAUUCUUUUCCACAACUUGACCUGCUGGGAGAUUGUAUUGGACAUUUGUGGACUUAUGUUUAACUAAGUACCGUUUGAAUAACAAGAAGCCGCGCACGCUGUCGCAGGGGCUGACUGGCCUGUUGCCAUGACAACAGCGGGGCCCAUCCCACCCCCUCUCUGCACACGCUCGCUCUCGGUGUCACGGUGGAAGCCGCUCUCAGAUCCGGGCUCUGCUGCUGCAGACGGAGACAGGAAGGAGAUCCUCCUCGUCUGCUCUGAUGCUCCAGAUGAGUGGACCGGCUGCAGGACCGCACAAACCGGGCAGCACCAACAGUGACAUGCAGGCAGCUGCGGUGGCCCCCUCCUUCAUCCCUACCCAGUCAUCAGGGAAGAUACCGGGCAGGAAGAGGGGCAGACCCCCCCUCCGCAACGUCACCAAGAUGGAUUUUCCAAACCACUACUCUGACGGGCUCCCUCCCCUUAAAGUGCACAAGAAAAGGGGGAGAAAGCCGGGUUUCAAGCUCAAAUCCCGGAUGCUCAUGACUCCACUCGCCAUCUCCCCCCCCAGCAGCACUCCGGAGCCGGACAUGAGCUCCAUUCCUCAGGACGCUGCGACUGUUCCACACUCUGCGACUCCACAGGUGCUCACAGUCUGCAUCUACAUCAACAAGCAGGCCCACACAGGUCCAAACCUGGACAGGAAGAAGAUCCAGCUGCUGCCGGGUCACUUUGGGCCGGACAGACCAUCGGUGGUUCUGCAGCAGGCCGUGCAAGGCUGCAUCGACAGCGCCUUCCAGCAGAAGACGGUCUUCACUCUGCUGACGCAGGGCUACGGAGGAGAGAAGAUCUCAGCCACGUUUGACGGGAAGCAGCACCUCCUGAGUCUCCCUGUGGUCAACAGCAUCGACUACGUUCUGCGGUUCCUGAAGAAGCUGUGCCGCAGUUUGCACUGCGAGAACCUCUUCAGCGACGAGCCCUUCACCCAGCGCGGUGGUGGGUCCUACCACCCUGAAGAAGCCUCCAUGACGGAGGACUUCCACGCGGAGCAGGCUGACGGUAAGCGCUACUCUGGGGACGUGGAGGAUCCUCCCUUCAGCUCCAUCAGCUCGUCCUACUCUCCAAAGUCCUCCUUCAGGUUCCGGGCUCUGCCAGCCACCAGCCCGAAGACGUUUCCAGAAGGGAACCGGACAGGUUACGGCGCGUUUCCGGAGACGCAGGACUCCAAAGUCCCGCGCAGCAAGGACCCGUCCACAUGGUCUGUGGAUGACGUGGUCUGGUUCAUCCGGGAGACGGACCCGCAGGCUCUGGGCCCCCACGCCGAUGUCUUCAGGAAACACGAGAUUGAUGGAAACGCUUUGCUGCUCCUGAAGAGCGACAUGAUCAUGAAGUACCUGGGUCUGAAACUCGGCCCGGCGCUGAAGCUUUGCUUCCACAUCGACAAACUGAAACAGGCAAAGUUCUGAAGUCUGGAGGGGCGGAGCCUCUUGGUCUGGGAUCCAAUCAGAGACAAGCUUUCUGAGCCUCCAAGAGGUCUGUUGGUUCAAGAUCUACGGACAUCUGCGGCUCUAGCUUCCCUAAAGGACCAAACAGUCGGUUCCUUUAAGGACUAAAGGUCAAAUUUCAGAGAGGGCGGAGCAGGGGAAGCUCCUCCUCCUCUCGGUUUGUUAUUCUGCUGAUGGAAAUCCAAAACAUUUUCUUUCACUUUCCUCCAGACAAAAAGGUUUUAGGAUUGAAUUAAAACGAUGUUCUCUAUUUAAGCUCAAAUAAUAAAAACCACCAAACCUGAUUUCAGCCUCUGAAGUUCCUUUGCGCUCCGAUCAUCUCUGGAUCUGCUCGGGAUGAAGCCCACUGAGGUCACUGCUGUGUGAUGUUGUAUCUGAAACCCCUUGAGGUCUUUGAGACCGGGUUCAUGCCCUAUGGCUCCUCCCUGCUCCUCUAACCACAUGGUCUGUGGAGCGCCAGCGGCGUCUGAAAUGGAUGGUUUUAAGGAGGAACGUCGCAGGUUUCCCUCCACCGUGAGGGAGGAGAAACUCAUGUCUUUAUGUGGGAGUGCUCUGCAGAACUGAGGUUUACACUGAAAUGUAGGAAAUGUUAUGUGUUUAACGGGUGCUAGCAGCUACAUGCUAACGUAGAUGACUAAUGAUGACAUCAUUGAGUGGGAGUAACCUCCAAAUAUGAAGAGAGUGGCUCUGUCUGAAUUCCUCCCCAAAUCCCAAACAACAGCAGGACAAUCCGGGGUCAGAGCAAUUCAGACGCCAUGCUCACUACGGUUCUUCGUUGUGAUGUCACAGAUUCCAUCUGAAGUGAAAAUCUCUUCAAUACGAACAUUUCACGACGUUUGUUGAUGACUCCACGGUGUUCUGAUGAUGAAAACAUGGACGGUUUGUUAAGAAAAACACAUUGUUUGCCUGCAAUGCAUUGUGGUCUAUAUUUGCUAAUGUAACAAGCAUUAAUUCACGUUAGAUUUUUGCAAGGACUUCUGGGAAAUUUCUAGCGCACUGGAUUUUGGAAUUGUAGAUUCGAACACACAAUGACAAACACACCAAAUAGUGCACAGGGAAGGAAGUCGGACACGCCCACUUCUUCUCACAUCUUCCUGUUAGGAGGAUGUCGGGGAGUGAGAAGUGGGAGGAGUUCAGAAUCACACAUAGUAUCUGCAGAGCGGCAGCUGUCCAUCAGAAAUUCCACUCUGAGUUGGGGGUAGGAGGUUGGGGUGGAGUAAGCCUCUGCUGAUAUCCCAUCAUCCCUUUGUUUACACUCUCUCCCACUAGCUUACAGCCCCUCACACCGCGUGUAACAGAAACAUCAGCCGUGCGGUUCUGAUCCAGAUUCCAGCUCAGACCAGGAAAACUAAGAUGGUCAUGGAAUGGGUGGAACAGGGAGCUUGUGGCCCCGCCCACUAUUGUUUGUACAUUACAACGAUCAAUCUUUUUCAAACAGCAUUUUUUAAUGGAAACUGGAAACUUAAGAAUUUAUUUAGGCUGAAGAUUCAAUAAAAACAAAGUUGAGGAUCUGAGAUCAUGACAUUUAUUAUCGUGUAUAAAAUGAUGAUAAAUGUCUGUGAUUCAUAAAAAGUGGAAUGAGUUGUUUCUGCUGCCUCUGUCCUUCAGAACGAUGACAGUUCCAUUUAGGAUGAACAAAGAUGAACAAAGAGAUGAACAAACACAGUUUUUAUCCAUAAAGUGAAACAUAAGAAAUGUAUUAUUGAUAAAAUAAAUGAUCAGAAGAAGCCAGCAAAGAAAAUGGAAACUGAAGUGAUGAACGGUUUCUGGGCCCACAGCCCUCCAUGACGCUGAUAUUUGGAGUAAUAAAGUUCAAGAUAAAGACGAUUCUCUGCUUCUACUUCGAUAUAAAUCCAACUUUUUUCUGCUAGUCUUUCAUGUUUGAGGCCAGUUCAAGUCCAACUGUCUGAACAUUCAUGUUUGAUGUUUUCAGUAAAUUAAUCAAAAUCUGAACUCAAUAAAGAUCCAGCUGCAUGGCAA